AUUUUAAGAAUGUUGGAUAAGGAGGAGAAAGAAAAAUAAGGAAGUUGAAAGAGCAAAUUUCUUAAAGUAGGGCUGAGCUGACCCAACUGCAACAGCAACAGCAACAUUGUGUAUGUAAUCGAUUUAAAGAAGGGAAAAAAAUAAAAGAUCAAAAAGGAAGAACACAGAAGCCAAGCAAUCAAGCAAUCGCCAUUGCCAAUCGCUCUUCACAUUUUUCAGACCUUACUUUUUCAAAAAGCCCCAAAUUUUCACCUUUUUUUCAGAAACCCCAUUUCUCAUUUCUCUUCCAAUGCUUCCCCAAAUAUAGCAUUCGUUUUAGAUGUCAGUAACUGAGAAUAAACAAACUUCCCCCAGUUGCUGAUUCCCUUUGAAACCGCUUCUGGGUUUUCUUUCAAUUCCUAAAAUGGCUACUAAAGAAUCGAGUUCUACCACUGCCACUGAAGGCAAGAUUAAAGGCGUUCUUACUCAUGGUGGGCGAUAUGUGCAGUAUAAUGUGUACGGUAACUUGUUUGAGGUUUCAGCCAAGUAUGUUCCUCCUUUGCGACCUAUUGGUAGAGGUGCUUAUGGUCUUGUUUGUGCUGCUGUAAAUUCAGAGACCCAUGAAGAGGUUGCCAUCAAGAAAAUUGGAAAUGCAUUUGAUAACAUAAUCGACGCCAAAAGGACAUUGAGAGAAAUUAAGCUUCUUUGCCACAUGGAACAUGAAAAUAUUAUUGCUAUUAGAGACAUCAUUAGGCCGCCAAAAAGAGAGGUUUUUAAUGAUGUGUAUAUUGUUUACGAAUUGAUGGACACUGAUCUUCAUCAAAUAAUUCGUUCUGACCAACCACUGACGGAUGAUCAUUGCCAGUACUUUUUAUAUCAGUUAUUGCGUGGGCUGAAAUAUGUACACUCGGCCAAGGUCCUGCACCGUGAUCUCAAGCCGAGCAACCUGCUUCUGAAUGCAAAUUGCGACCUUAAAAUUGGAGACUUUGGAUUGGCAAGGACGACUUCUGAAACCGACUUCAUGACUGAAUAUGUGGUUACUCGCUGGUACCGAGCACCAGAAUUGCUCCUCAAUUGUUCAGAAUACACUGCUGCUAUUGAUGUUUGGUCUGUAGGAUGCAUACUUGGUGAGAUAAUGACCAGAGAACCUCUCUUCCCUGGCAAAGAUUAUGUUCAUCAACUCAGACUUAUAACUGAGCUACUAGGAUCACCAGAUGAUGCCAGCCUAGGAUUUCUCCGAAGUGAUAAUGCUCGAAGAUAUGUCAAGCAGCUUCCACAAUACAGAAAACAACAAUUCUCAGCUAGAUUUCCCAACAUGUCUCCAUCUGCCCUCGAUCUUCUCGAAAAGAUGCUCGUAUUUGAUCCCAACAAACGCAUCACAGUGGAGGAAGCACUUUGUCACCCAUACUUGCAAUCUCUUCACGACAUCAAUGACGAGCCAGUCUGUGCCAGGCCUUUCAAUUUUGAUUUCGAGCAACCGUCGUGCACUGAAGAGCAUAUUAAAGAACUGAUCUGGAAAGAAUCCGUGAGGUUCAACCCCGACGAAUCCGCUAGGAGGACGACUCUUUGCGUUUGACAUGAUCUAGAUGCUGGAAUUGAGCACUUGUUUUCUUUUUCCUGACUAGGAUUUUACUCUCAUGAUCAAGUAGAUAAGAACAGCAGUAAAAAUUUGUAUGCUUACCCAUAUAAAUUGGAGUCCUCUGUAUUGUACAAGGAGCUGAUGCUGAUUUCUGUGAGGGAAUUGGGAGGUUCCCAGAAUCUUGUCAAACCCCAAUAAUUUUAGGCUUUGUAUGACUGAACGAAUUCGAAGAAACUAAGAACAAAAAACAACCGAAAAACCGAAUCGAAAACGGGGCAGAGUAUUAGGUAUUGGGAGAUUUUGGAGGAAAGAUUGUGGAUGUUUGUACUUUCCAUGGAUCUAAUGAACUAAGAAAUAAAGUGAAGGGUGUAAUGUUAGAGAUGAUCUCUUUGUAUUUGCUUCAAUGUUUGUCAAUCAAUUUGCAUACUAUUUUACUCUUAA